AUGCAGUUGGAUUUUGGUGAAACUGAGUAUAUUUUGAUUAGUGGGUUAAGAUUUGGUCCUUAUGUGGAUUUACUCCAUGACGAAAGAGGUCAGUCAAAUUCAAAUCUCCGGGCUCGGUUGUUCCCAGACAUUACAGAUUCACGUUUGCGGCCCAAAGAUUUAGAAGAGUACAUUAUGUCUCCAAAUUAUUUGGCACUUCAGGAUAAAGAUACGGUCAAUCCCGAAUCGACGAAAGUACACAACUAUACUGUUGCUGGUUUUAUGCUUCCGUUUAAGAUAUUGAUUUUGGAGAUGUACCCAGAGGCAAGACAAUAUUAUGUUUGUAUGCUGUGA